GUUCACACUAUGUCACAAGGCGACGUCAUCAGAAAGUACACAGAAUUUACUUUAAAAGCAUGGAAAUUCGGGUUGUUCAGAUAGUUUCUUUGCAUCGCUUUUUGGAGCUGAAAUCACCAUGUCUUUCCGGUGUGUUGCUGCCAUCCUUCUGUACGUUGUGGUCGCCAACGGAGCAAAACUUUCUCCCUUAAAGGAUGAGAUGGAGCGGUUUAUCCACUCCUGGGCGGUGUACUCCCCUGUACAGACGGACAGUAACGACGGGGAGGGAAGCGGCGGGAACGUUAUCGAAGCCUUCACCUGCUCUCUCCGGCAGCCCGGCCUGUACAGUGACCCGCAGGACUGCCACUCUUACUACGAGUGCGUCGCCGGCUUCGACACCCCGUUCCACCGCGCUUGCGCCAUGGGGUGGUCGGACGGACCGCACCCCGUGUUCGAUCAGGCCGCGCAGCGCUGUGAUUGGCCGAUGAAUGUCGCAGGGCCUUGUGGGACCAAAGACUCCCGGUGUGCUGACAAGGCUCCUGGAAACUACCCGGUGCCCGGCAGCUGUACGCAGUACUACAAGUGUUUCCCGGGGCUAGUCCAGGGGCUGGACGGGGAGUGUCCGGACGGGACCGUGUUCCACCCCGAGAUGAUGGCCUGCAACUGGCCCUGGGCUGUCCCGGCACCAUGCGGGGUGAGCUCUAGCCUCUAUAUGGAUGGCCUGCAACUGGCCCUGGGCCAUACCGGCGCCCUGCGGGGUGAGGACUGCAUGUCGGCUCGCCUCUUGUCUGUACCAUCUUUCAUCUUCGGCAAAAGUUGA